AUGUCCUUCUUUAAACAGCUAUGCGUAGGUCUCGCCUUCGCACUACCAUUGGUACUGGCCCAAAAAGACAAUCUUGGACUUGACCAUGGCUACAUCGACAUCGAAACCAACAAUUUCAAGGCUCGUAUCGCUCGCGACGCUCAAGUCCUGGUAUCAUUGACCUCAGAACACGACACCUUUGACUUCUUACCAUUUGAUCUAAUUGAUCUUCGCGCUCAGAAUGGGCAGUAUCACUGGGGUGAUAUCACGUACAGAUAUCGCAAACAAGGCGUCUCAAAAUGGACUCACGGUGAUUCUGCUCAAAAGCGGCACCCUGUCAAGAACCUCACCACGGGAACUGCUCUUGCAUCAUCAGAUCUUGGCCCGACACUGCCCAAGAGCCCUCUCCGCAUCACUCGGGAAUGGCUCGAUUUCCAAGGCGACCUGGCUCUUCGUUUCACUGUCACUAACAAUGGCAUUGACACUAUUGAGCUUGGAAGCCUGGGAUUCCCAGCUGAGUUCAACAGUAUCUUCACCAACAGGACAGCCGAGGAGAUGCAAGCCCGCUGCUCUCUUUCAGAUCCCUAUAUCGGUAUGGAUGCUGGCCACAUCCGUGUCACCCCGAUCAAAGGCACUGGCAAGGGUCUUGUUGUCACGCCGCUGGCUGGAACUAAGACACCGCUGGAGGCUUAUCGGGAUCUGGACGAACCUUGGUUCGAGUCAACUGACUAUGAAAGCCAGACAUUCGAAGGGUUCUAUGAGUGGCAGGUCUUCACUAAAGCUUGGGCAGAAAAUGAAUGGAAGAACCAAGAGCCCUGGAACGAACCAACUUCCAAAAUGUUGAAGCCUGGCGAGUCUCUCAAGGUUGGUGUCCGGUUCUCCACAUCCGAAUCUAUUCGCGACUUUGACAACGCCGUCAACAAUACUGGAACCCCUGUUGUAGUUGGUGUUCCUGGAUACAUUAUUCCGCGGGACCUACCUGCAUUACUAUUUCCUAUGAGCGAUGGUGGAGUUGCUUCAAUAGAUGUCUCACCGAAAGGCGCCCUCGAAAUCGGGGAAGCCGGGAGCUAUCUCAAAAAGGGGUACGAACUGACACCCUCAUCAUUUGCUUGGGGGCGAGUUCGUGUCAGCAUCAAGUACAAUGAUGGCAGGUUGCAGACUGUCCAUUAUUAUGUUACCAAGCCAACAUCAGAGACUCUCAAUGACCUCGGGAGCUUCUUGACUACAAAGGCUUGGUUCAAUGCUUCAUCAGACCUUUUCAAAAGAUCCCCAUCAGUCAUGACCUACGACCAUGAGAAGGGCGCAAUUGUCGAGCAAGAUCCACGGGUCUGGAUUGCAGGUCUCAGUGAUGAAGGCGGCACCGGUGCUUAUGUCGCAGCCAUGCUCAAGCAGGUACUCCAGCCAGAUGCCGAAGAGAUAGCAAAGCUGGACGAGUUCGUUCAAACCACGAUUUGGGGUAGAAUUCAAGGAAAAGACUACGGAGUACGCAAGUCACUUUUCUACUACGACCCUAAACUGGACUACUCUUAUAACAAGAAGAUCGACUGGACUGCCUGGUGGUCGUGGAACAAGGAGGCUUCGGCGACUGUCGAUCGUGCAUACGAUUAUGUUCACGUCACGGUGGCUUACUGGUCCAUGUAUCGUGUCGCACGAGCAUAUCCCGAGCUAACAACCAAAUCUUGGAGCUGGUAUCUAGACCAGGCUCAAAAGACCAUUAUUCGGAUGUACCAGAAAGACGUGUCAUACAAAGACCUAGGUCUGAUGGGCGAGACAGUGUUUGGGGAGGUUCUGACGGACCUGAGGCGCGAGUUUAAGGGUACUUCAGCACAUGCUCUUGAAGAAAUAAUGAAGGAGCGUGCUUUGCUCUGGAAUGCGCAGGAUAUUCCUUAUGGGAGCGAGAUGUCGUGGGACUCCACUGGCCAAGAGGGCGUAUACUAUUGGACAAAACACUUUGGCUUCAACGAGUCGGCUCAGAAGACAGUCGACAGUGUAUUGGGAUACACGCCGAACGUACCUCACUGGGGAUGGAACGGCAAUGCCCGUAGAUAUUGGGACUUCAUUUAUGCAGGAAAGCUUCAACGCAUUGAGCGGCAGAUCCAUCACUACGGCUCGGGUCUGAACUCGCAGGUCCUGCUCUCAGCAUUUCGCAAUGACUCCUCGGACUCCUACCUCCUCCGUGUUGGGUACGCUGGAUCAUCCGCGCCGCUCACCAACAUUAAUCAAGAUGGCUUUCCCAGUGCUGCGUUCCACUCACUACCAGAUACUCUGAAAUGGGAUGGGUACACCGGUGAUUAUGGCGGUGGCCUCAUUGGUACAGUACUGAACUCUGGCACCUACGUUGCUGAGGACAAACAGCUUGGUAUGGUUGCCUUUGGGGGCACAAUCUCCAGGGUUGGAGCAGAGUAUUCUGUUGAACCGAAGGAUGCUGUAAGAAAGAGGAUAUUCAUUGGGCCUUUCAAUGUCAUGGUUGCUGUUGAUAUGGGAUCCAUCAAGAGCUUCAGUUUCGCCCAGGGAGAAAGCAAUGUCCACGUAAAGUUGACACAACGGGAGGGUUCGCCCAGGGUGAACAAAACUGUGGUAUGGGUUGAAUCGACGGAUGGCGUGGAGUGGGAACUCGAAGGAGCCGGGAAUCUUAUGGCGAGUGCUGUUGCCAUUGAGAAGGGGCGAGGAGGAUGGGUCGUGCCUCUCGAUGUCACUCUUACCAUUAGCAAGAGACCUACACUUCCGUAG